AUGAAUGGCCCGGUGGAUGGCUUGUGUGACCAUUCUCUAAGUGAAGAAGGAGCGUUCAUGUUCACAUCAGAGUCGGUCGGAGAGGGACACCCAGACAAGAUCUGUGACCAGAUCAGUGAUGCCGUGCUGGAUGCCCAUCUGAAGCAGGACCCCAAUGCCAAGGUGGCCUGUGAGACGGUGUGUAAGACGGGCAUGGUGCUGCUCUGCGGCGAGAUCACCUCCACGGCCACGGUGGACUACCAGCGGGUGGUGAGAAGCGCCAUCAGGCACAUUGGCUAUGACGACUCUGCCAAGGGCUUUGACUUCAAGACCUGCAACGUGCUGGUGGCUCUGGAGCAGCAGUCCCCGGAUAUCGCCCAGGGCGUACAUCUGGACAGGAGUGAGGAGGACGUCGGGGCCGGAGACCAGGGUUUGAUGUUCGGCUAUGCCACCGAUGAGACGGAAGAGUGCAUGCCCCUCACUGUUAUCCUGGCUCACAAACUCAACGCCCGGAUGGCAGACCUCAGACGCUCCGGGGUCCUCCCCUGGCUGCGGCCUGACUCCAAGACUCAGGUGACAGUUGAGUACACCCAGGACAAUGGCGCGGUCAUCCCUGUGCGCAUCCACACCAUCGUCAUCUCCGUACAGCACAACGAGGACAUAACCCUGGAGGACAUGCGCAAGGCCCUAAAGGAGCAGGUGAUCAAGGCCGUGGUGCCCGCCAAGUACCUGGACGAAGAUACCAUUUACCACCUGCAGCCCAGCGGGCGGUUUGUCAUUGGCGGUCCCCAGGGGGACGCGGGCGUCACUGGCCGUAAGAUUAUCGUGGACACCUAUGGCGGCUGGGGGGCGCACGGUGGCGGGGCCUUCUCUGGGAAGGACUACACCAAGGUGGACCGCUCGGCGGCAUACGCGGCCCGCUGGGUGGCCAAGUCCCUGGUGAAAGCGGGGCUCUGCCGGAGAGUGCUCGUGCAGGUUUCCUAUGCCAUUGGUGUGGCUAAGCCACUGUCCAUUUCCAUCUUCACCUACGGAAGCUCUCAGAAGACAGAGAGAGAGCUGCUAGAUGUGGUCAGUAAGAACUUUGACCUUCGGCCUGGUGUCAUCGUCAGGGAUUUGGAUUUGAAGAAGCCCAUCUACCAGAAGACGGCGUGCUAUGGCCAUUUCGGAAGAAGCGAGUUCCCGUGGGAAAUUCCCAAGAAGCUUGUGUUUUAGAGCUGGUGGGAGUGGGGCCGGGCCUGGCUCUGAAGGCAUCUGGGUGGCCUGCUUCCUCUUCUUCAGCAUCCCAGCUCUCACAUGU